CACGCGUCGCCGGCGCUUUGUUGGCGAUCUCUUGGAGCUCUUUGUGGUUGUUUGCAGCGCCUGAGAGUGCGGAAACGCCUCGGUCAGCCGCCCGCGCGCGCUGCGCAGCUGCAACAAAACAGGUUUUGUGGCUAGCUGAGCGACAGCCAAAAGAGAGCUUAAAAGGACUGAAAGCAAGAUAUUGAUCGCCUCGCAGUCGCAUCUGUGCAAAACCAGCCGACGAGGGCUCCAGCGCGGCUGCAGCGAGCACUCUGCCAGCUGCAGCAUGGCUGCAGCAUCAUCAACAGCAGGGCCAGACGCCUCCGAGGGCGAAACGGAGCGCCAGUGGGAAGCAUUCGCCCCGCACCUCCCCCACGCCUUCGCCGACGGCGACCGCGUCUUUGUGAUGAAGUCGCGCGGCGGCCAGCGCGGGAGCCGCCCGUUCGCCGCAGCCUACAUCGUGGGCGAGGCAACCGAGGACGGCCGGCGCACGGUCGUGUACAAGGAUGGAAGCACCUACGCGGCCCGGCCGGCGUUAUUGGUACCCAUCCGCGGCGGUGGGCCUCUGACGCUGUUCACGGCGACGACGCGAGCGUAUCGCCUCGCGGCCGCGACGCAGGACGUCGGAACCAAGACAUUGGAGGUAGGCUGCGACCAAGGAGAAGCAACGCGCCGACUCGUUGCCCGCGGCUGCGCCGUGCUAGCCGUCGACAAGGCCGCCGACCGCAUGCGGACGGCCAGAGACGCAGCGCCGGGCGCGACCUUUCUGGUGUGCGACGUGCUGUGCGAGCCCGAUCGCGUGGAGGGCAAAUAUUCAUCUGUCUUCGUCGACAUCAACGGCUCGCGCGCCUACGACACGGUCCUGAAGUGCGUGCGCUGGGCGGAACGGCGGUGGCCCGCCGCCCUGGUCGUCGUCAAGUCGUCGGAGGCGAUGCGGAUGCACUUUCCCGGGGCGAUCGAGGUCUCGGCGCCGGCGCGGCAGCGGGCGUAG